CCUAUCCUACCAAUCACAUUGCUUCUCUCACAUUACAUGAGUUUCUUCAUUGUUUUUCGUUAUAGCAAGUAUUGUUAGUGAAAAACUUGAGAAUUUUAACGUAAUAUUGUGCAAACGUAUCAUGUUCACAUAGUAAAAGAAGAAGAAGAAACAUUGAUAAUAGCUGUAAAUAGUUAUUAAUAAAUAACUACGUUGAAAAUACAAAAUUAUGCGUCUGUCUAUUAUAAAUCGUAAAUAUUAGUGCUAAUAAUAGUAAAAAGAAAAAAAAAAAAAGAAAAACAACUGAAUAAAAAUGUUAUCUAUCGAAAGAAUCCCUGAUCAAAUUGGAUAUUUAGUUCUAACAGAGGAUGGAGCAGUAAUAUCGUCCGGUGGCGAUUUAGAGAAUGAUGAAAGAAUUGCUAGUGUUAUUGUGGGUUUGGUAAUGUUGACAAAUAAAAUAGACCCAAAAGCAUUUCCCAUGGGUGAAGCUUUUGAAAAAAUAUCAAUUACAUAUCCAGAUCAUUGUUAUAUUAUUUGUCUCUCGAAUAAGAAGAUCUAUGUAGUAAAGAAAAAAUUAUCAUUGCCAGAACAAAAUAUUGAACCACAACAAUUUAUUGAUGUUUAAGUAUAAAUAUGUGUGUAUGCGUGCGUGCGCGUGGAAGUGUGUGUGUGUGUGUGUUAAUACAUUCAAAGCAAAUUCACUAUAAUUUUUUUUCAAUUUUCUUAUACUGAAAACCAGUUACAAUAGAAAAAAAAAAUUUCAAAACUGGUUACAGCGAACUUCUGUCAUUAAAACGAGGAUGAAAAUUAUAAAAUUUUUAUCGAGCUUAUAAGAAAUUGUUCUUUGAAAUUAAUAAAAAAAAAAAAGUUUUCAUGUUACAAAUAACAUAGAGAAUAUAAUAAAUUUGAGAAAGAGUAAAAUAAAAAUAAAAUAUUUUAAAACCCAUUUACCUAUUCUACAAUUUUAUGAAUGUAUUUGAUAUUUAUGUAUUAGAUAUUGCUUACAUGCUUUUAUAAUAUACAUUAAAUUACUUAUAA